CAUGCCAUCAAAAGAUCCUUGGCCGAACAAAACAUCGGUAGAUUCAGCAAACUGAUGAUUUUUCAUAUGUCAAAGCUCCUGCCGUCCUGCGGAAGAAAUAGUAUUGAGAUGUGUAUUUCAUCGAGACAUGUCAAGACUCCGGAUUUCAGCGCAGAAGAUGCAUAGCUGGCUGCCAGCAUUCGCCAACAUCCUCACUUUGGCGUUUUUAAAACCUUUCUUGGUUGUCAUUUUCUGUGCCUUGCCAGACACCAAGCUGGCAAAUGACAAGAGAUACCUCCAGGCGGCCAAAAAGGCUCUCUGUGAAGUGCCGCCAGUUAGAUUGCAGUGCACUGGGGGGAAGAAUCCCAAGUGUAUAGAUGCAGACUGGACGCCACCGCCGCCGCCGAAGCCAAAGUUCCCGCGGAUCUGUGGCUUUCUGAAUCCAACGCCAAAGGUGCCGGAGAGGCCCCCUGUGCUGACAUGGCAGAUCGCCCGGGAGGGCGUGGGCGGAGUUUGCAAAGAAGAUCCACCGGAGCCUGGCGCAGGGGUGGAUGAGGUCCAACAGGGCUUCGGGCCUGCGAAGCGCCGCGUGCGGGAAAACUGCAGCCUGGAAUGGUCACGGAAUGGUCACGGAUUUUUCUGGGCGAUACAUUUGUUGCCGAUAGCACUGCGGAGGCUACCACAGUUGACCGUGGCUUUGCUUCAGGGCACCGCCAUGGGAGCAGGCAUUGGUUUGGUGUGUGCCUGUGACUAUGUCAUCUCUGCGAAGGGUGCUUUCUUCACGAUGAGUGAGGCAAAGCUCGGAGCCGUUCCAUCUGCAGCUUUGCCCUACAUCACCAGGCGAUGCACCUUCAUCAAGAACGUGUAUCAGUUGGUACUGGCGGGCGCAAGACUCACAGCGGAGGUGGCUGAGGAGUACGGUUUCGUGGACAAGGUCGUUGAUGAUGUCAAAGACCUUGAGGCUGAGUGCCAAGCGGUGUGUGAUCGCAUGACUCUGUGCGCGCCUGGUGCCGUGGCCGCCACCAAAGAAGUGGUCAUGAACACGGUCGGCGUGCCACCAUCCUCGUUCAUGUUGAACUAUGUGGCUGGCAUCGUAGCAGACAUCCGAAAAGGACCUGAGAGCAAGGCGGGCAUGGAGGCGGUGAUGAGCAAAUCCCGACCAAAGUGGGCUGAUACUGCCGUCGUGCCGUGA